AAUACACUGUUACUGUGAACAAGAGUUUGGAACCGGAAUGGAGAAGGAAUGUGGGCUGCAAUGAGGAUCGGUUACAUCGCCCCAGUGGCAGUAGUUACAUUUUGAAGCUGCCAUGGCACAACCUUAUGAACCAGGUGUGUUACGAGUAUUGAGAAUGCCCACUUAUGGUGCAGCAUACCCAGAACUGCUAAGAUGAUGGCAGUUACUGAACAUUAAUUUGAGCUUUGACAUGUAGAGUUCUACAUGAGACUCUCAACAGAGAUCUUUAAACCCAAAGAAGACACUUUAUUCACAGAGAUUGGGGCCCUGCAGAGUGAAUGGAUUAAAAGGUUCCCUUUGGACAAUUUGAGUACGAUUGGAUGAACUCUCACAACGUGACUACAUAUGAGCUGAGGCUGCAAGCGGCUAAGAGAAAGCUACAGCAUGAUCUAUCAGAUUUCUCAAAUGGUCAUGUUUGUUCCUGGCCAAAUGAGAGAGCUAUAACAUCUGGCACUGAAUUAAUAGGUAGCAGUUAAGUUGAACGUAUCUGUUUGUGUCCUGAUGAUCGUACAAACAGCUCCAUAGACAGCAAUAUGUCUGUUGAGGCCAGGAAUAUUACGGCAGCAGCAACUAGUGUUGCACCUCUUGAUAGUUGGGGCCAGUAAUCAUUGUGCUAAAACCCAGAGAGAAGUUAAUAAGACAUGGGGCUGGGAAUUGUAUCCCAAGAGCUGAAAUAUCGACUGCAUCUUUUAUUGGUUCCAGUAUACACCAUUAUUUUUCUCUAAAAGAUCCUCUACCCAUCAAGGAGAGGUUGAAGAGAGGCAGAUCCAGGAGUCGUUCCCUGAAGAGACCAUUUCAGCCCUUGAUACAGAAUCGAGGGGUUGCCAAGAGACGGAACGUGAGAAAGCUGAACACUAUCUUCUAAACAGUGAUGCUGUCAUCUGUUAACAGAAAAUCUUGAAGAUUUGCCAUUCAUUAGUGAUGAAACCAAUCCCUCAUUGUCUUCUGUUACCUCAGGAAAUACUUACCGAAGUAUUUAAAUACCUUUCACCCACUGAUAAGGCUAAUGUCCGUGCAACUUGCAGAUACUUUAAAGACCUUGUAGAUCAUCCUUCUUUGUGGCAAAAUAGCACUGUUGUCCUUAGAAAUAUAAGUGUUUUAAACUUAAAAUUCUGGGAAAUGCUUCGGAAAAGGAGGAUAUGCUCUGUGGAAGUGAAAAAAGCAGGAGUAAAGCAAUGGAAAAAGCUUACUCAGUCAAUGCCAAAUCUUGUUGCUGUAACUAUUGAUGCAAACUUAAAAGAAGACACACUUCAAGGCUUGAGAUCACUUGUACAUCUACAGAAACUGCACUUAAAAUGCUGCUCAGGUUUAAUAGACACAGAAAUUGUUAAGGAUGUUGUGAGUUUUAGACAGUUAUCUCAUCUAACUUUGUGCAAGGUAACUUCCAUACGCAGUCCUGCCUUAAUUUGUAUUGCACAGUUAAAGAAUCUUGAGGCACUAACCCUUCAUACUAAGGAAGGGCUUUUACCUGAAGAAGCUCUGCAGUAUGUCUUGUUCCGAUUGCCAAAACUAAAGGAGCUGUCGCUUACAGUAAGUAAAAUGAACAAAGCAAGAUUGUCCUCUUGCUUCACCUUGCUUGACUGUAGAGAAAAUCUACAAAAAGAGCCAGCAUGUGUGACAAAACUUCAUCUGGAGAGACUGGAUUUAAUAGACUGUGGAAACACCAGCCUUUCAGAAGAGGCUUUAGACCAGCUCUCCACUCUCCACUGCGUUGGUUUGUGGAACCAUAAGAAGUUUUUGCUAGGAACGGAAGACAUUUUGGAAGUCAUGUUGAAAAAGCUGCCUAACUUGACAGAGUUGGAUCUUGCUUGGGCUACAUCCUUUGAGCCAUAUGUCAAUUAUAUACCUUCCAGCCUAGAAGCAUUGAGUGUCAUUGGAACAAAGGUCUCAAAUUCUACUCUAAGCUGGUUAGCAGACUGUGCUGGUAAAAUAAAUCACUUGAAUCUGAAGCUGUCUCAUGGAUUUGAUGAAAAAAUUUUGAAAAGAUUCCCCGAUAAGUUUCCAUCCUUGAAAACUCUUGGUCUCAGUAACACCACACUGAAUGAGGAGGCACUACUUUGUUUUGCAAAGCUGAGACUGUUGCAAAGGCUUGACAUUUCCAAUGUGCAGCAUCUUUCACAAGAAGCAAUACAUAAAUUUCGAGUUUUGACUGACAACAGAGUGCAAGUGAUCCAAGAAGACUCCUUGCUUAGUUUCAAAUAUUGUUACUGUUAAACUACGAUUUUGCCCGUCUUCAAGGAAAAAAAGAUGUUGCUUUGACUUGCAACUUUUAGCAGUUUCAGUGAUUCACAAUUAGAGCCUGUGCUUUGCUUCUCUGAGCAAGUCUGUGUUGCCUUGUGAUGAUUGUCAGGGACCUAAACCUUGACAGAAUCUUCCAGUAUGCAAGUGAAUUGGUUUGAAGUGCCUACUGGAGUCUGUUUCUGAACACCUUGGUCCUUUCCUUUAUUUUCCUCAUAUGACUGUAUGCUUGAUUUUUAAGUUAUACAGUAUGCAGAAUGAAAGUUUCCUUAAGAGUGUCAUCCAAGAAGUUAUGAACAGUUUGUCAAGUAUUUUGGAUGCAUAAAAACAUAUGCUGUGCCGUACAUUGGAGGACUGAAGCUUGAAAUAACUUAUUUUAUCACUAAAGUGAACUUAAGAGUUCUUAAUUCUCAUUUUUACAUGUUGCUGCAAGUCAGCAUUAACAAAUUCAGAUUGUAUAUUAUUAGCCUGAUUGUAUAUUAUUAGCCUGAUUGAAGUUACAGGCUUCUGUUUUUCCUACAAUGACCUUUAAUGCAAAUUCUGCUCGGUUUACAUAAACUGAUCUUUUUUACCUUGUAAAAAUUGUCAUGCAAAUUCUGCAAGUAUCCUUUGUCACUAGAUUGUUAAAAGUAUGAAACAAACUGAUGGUCAGAAGAUAGCCAACACAGUUUUUGUUGUUGAUUGUCAAAAAAAUGUUACAUUGGAUAACAUUAGAAUAGGCUAAUCCCAAUUUAAACAAGUUCAGCAUAUUGUGUGAACACUUGGUUUUAUGGCUACUGGACAGUUUGUUUCGAGUCCAUAGCCAUGUUUGUGUGUGUUGUGUGCGUUGACAAGGUUUACAAGUCUUUUGCUUUAAAAAUACAGCGACCCUGGUGUUAAGGGUUUCCUCUUUUCACAACUCAGAUGAUAACGUUUUGAGCAGUGCAGGCAGUUGUGCAGUGUUGGUGCUGGAUACUGCUUAACUUCAGAAAAAAGAAUGGGUACUAUGCUGCAGGAAUGCAGUACUUGGUAUUUAAUGAAAAUGCUGUUAUCUGUAAGAUGUUGAAUAAUGCAAAACUGAUAAGUGCAGGCCUUUGUGGGGAGUUUGGGCUUGGUGCCUUUUCUGAUUGAUACACAAGUCUGCAAUCUCAGGUCUUUAAAUUGUUGUGUAGCUGAUGUGGUCCUGUUACUUUAUUUAAGUGAAAAAUGCUCAUUAGUUUGCAAGAUGUCUUGCAUAAAGUAGAAGUACAAAACUCUGGAACAUAAACGGUGGCAUUAAGUGAGUGCUCUGUAAACAGUAUUGUCAUACAAACUGCAUUUUAAAAAAAUGCUUUGGAGAUUUGUAACGUUUCCAUAUGUGGAUACAGAAAUAGGACCUUAUAAUUCAGCUCUUAUGUUGGUUAGAGCGCAUCUGUGUUACCUAAAUGUUAGUUAUAGCCAGAGUGUUUUUCCCCAUUCACUGAAAGUGCCUAACUUCUGCUUGUCUUGUUUGCCAUUAGUACGGUUGAACUCUUGUCUUGUUCAUGCUGUGAACCCGUGACCUUGAAGAAAAACUCAAUGUUUAGACCAAAUUCUAAACUGAGCUACAAUUCAGUUGCUGCCCAUCAGCUGAGGGUAGACAAAAAGGAAAUGCAGAAGAAAGGAUUUCUCAUUCUCCUUUUGUGUAGUAGUGGGCCAGACUAAGUAAUCUUGAGUUUUAUUUAUACAUAUUUUUCAAAAAUUUUAAAAAGACCUAAGAAAGCUUUUUCCCUUUUAGUUUAGAUUUGCAGUACACUGCAGAUGAGCCAAAUAAUUGGUUUUUCAUUUCUGCAUUUUGAUAAGGCAUUCAGUGUGACUAAGAAUACAUUAAUGAACAACUUGCAAAAAAUUUAUUUGUGAAAAUUUGUUAUAAUAAAUUAAGCCUCUUCAUUUUUACUUGACACAGCUUUGAAGUCAAGCUUAUUUUAUUUUCAAAAUAUUCAUAUAAAUAAAGCAAAAAUACAA